CAUCGAAAGCGAGUGGCGGACGCUAUAUAAAGGAGUCUCCCCUUGGUUUCUCCCAGUGGCGUUUUCUGUCUCAGAGUGGCAAGGAUGAAGGGCUCGGUGUUGCUGUGUUUGUGUUGGCUCGCGGCGCUAGGAGAGGGCCGCCCCCAGGCAGCGGAGCCGCCCCAGGUGGUGGACAUCGCAGCGGCGUACGAGCAGUACCACCAGCUGUGGCUGGCCGAGGCCCAGAGGAAUUCCGUCGCUCCCUUGGCGCCCCACAAGCGACCGACGCAGACAACAGCAACGCAGGAGCAGCCGACCGAGGUUCCUGAGCCGAUCGCUGAGGGGAAGCCGUCACCCCAGCCAGCGGCGGCGGAGCCACACGUGAAGCAGGCCGUUGCCCCCGAACCCGUCGCCCAGGCCGCCCCCGACACCGAAGCCGCCCCGGCUGCCCCUGACGCGGCAGCCGCCCCCGACACUCUUGUCGCUGACGCGGACACCGCCUAUGCCGAGUUCCACAGGCUGUGGCUGGCUGAGGCGGCCAGGAACGCCAUCGCCCCGACGGUCGGCCAGCAGCAGCCUGUAGCCACGCCGGCCGUGCAGGAAGAGCAGCCUCAGAUGGCAGUGCUGCAAGACCAACCUACAAGCAGCACCUCUAGAGCAAGCAGACAUUGUGGCAGUGGAGGAGCCUGCGCCAGCCCCGGCGGAAGCCGCGGUGGACCACGAAGCCGAGUUCGCUCGGUUCCACGCCCUGUGGACGCAGGAGGCCGCCAGGAACGCCAUUCCCCCCCAGGUGGGGGCGCAGCCGACCCAAGCACAGCCCGAGACUCUCCAGCGGGUCGUCGAGGAGGCAGCCCCGAAGGCCACGCCCUCAGUCCCUUCCGUCGCCAGCCCCGCGCCCUCCGUCGUCGUCCCAGCCAAUCCCUGGGCAGGAGGCUUCGGCAGCGUCCCCGUCGUCAUCCUGCUUCCCCAGUAUCCUGCAGGAGCGCCGUGAUUUCUUUGGGCUAGGGACACGUUCCUUUGUCGAGGAGAGGAUGUAGGACGCUGUGGAUGAAGAAUCUCGCCUCGGAUAGUUUACGAGAAGUACAGUCAUCUUUAGGAUCCUUCCCUUUUACAAAGUAUUUGCUCCUUUUUUUCAUAAAAUAAGUAAAGAUAACAGAAUGAGAAUAAAACAGACAAACAAAACAAUAAGGGAAUUAAUAAUAAUCGGAACUUUCAAGGACUAUACGCGUAAAUCUUUGUAAAUACUGUAUGUAUGUAGUUGCUCGACAAGUUUGCCAUUGAAGAUGUAAACAAGCAAGAUCGAGAUUAAUGAAAUAACUGAUCUUUGUGAAGGGUUCGAUCCCCCAACCUCAGGUGUGCUUGUGAUUACGUUAAGCAUCGUAUGUGUGUUUAUAUGACUUUUUUUUCAAAAAAAUAAAACCAAAG